UUCGAACAUUGAAGUGGUCAAUAAUCAAUUAAGAAUUACUUUAGAGACCAUUUUUAAACUCUGCCACAAUGCUUUUCAAGAUCUUCCUUGCCGCAUCUCUCGCUGUCGCGAUGGCGCGCCCACAAGAAGGCCACGGCCACGAACACGAGCACGGACACGACCACCACGUUGGCCAUUAUACGCAUCCCAAGUACACAUACGAGUACAAAGUGGUGGACCCUCACACGGGAGACAGCAAGUUCCAGCACGAGACCCGCGACGGAGACACCGUGAGUGGCGUCUACUACCUCCACGACGCCGACGGCAAAACUCGUAUCGUUGAGUACACCGCCGACCCUCACAAUGGAUUCAACGCCGUGGUCAAACGCGAAGAAGAUCACCACUAGCCUAGUAUUAGAACUAUUGAAUUGUGAUUAAAAUUAAGUAUUUGUUAAGUUUGUAAAUAUACUAGUACCUAGCUAAUA